UCAGUCUCUGGAAUUGUUGGCUUCGUCCGAAAUAGGCGCCUGAUCGGGGCUAUUUUUUGGGCUGAUGCCAACGGAUUGAGACACUUUCUUAACGAAUCACGCCUCGUAGACAGUGCGAAGACGUCUCUUUCGGGCUGUCGUUCGCCUGGCCCCCUAUUGCCCCCGGAAGACUCAGUCUCCUGGCGACAACUUGUUUUGGCUGAGUUGGGCAAAAUGGUCUUCUACACGACGGCAGAUGAGAUGCAACAAUUCUGCAGAUCCUUACUCAAGACAGACGGGAUGCAUACACACAGCGAAGAAGAACAGAAAUCCGGACAGAUUAGGCCUGUUUUUCACCCUAAUUGCCAUUUUGUACCAAGCCUACUAGAGGACAAAUGUACAACUAUGCAGACAAACAUACAGACUGGUGAAUAG